AUGUGUCAUAAGGAACCAUCAGCUGUCGUACAUUUUGAGACUAUGCCUGCAUAUCAAGGGGAUGAUUUGGUAACUGAUAUCCGGGUAUUGCAUCGAGUCUUUUGGAGCUACUACCCAUGCAUUAGAGCGUUCAGACACUAUAAGCCAGUUGUCCAAGUGGACGGGACUCACUUGUACGGAAAGUAUAAGGGUUGCUUGUUAGUGGCCGUUUCGCAGGAUGGUAACAACAAUAUCGUGCCGAUUGCAUUUGCUAUUGUCGAGGGAGAGACCUCUGAUGCUUGGCACUUUUUCCUCAGUAACCUACGUCAACAUGUUGUGACUCGGGAUGGUGUGUGGCUGAUAUCGGACCGACAUGAGUCCAUAAAUGCAGCUGUGGAACGUAGUCACGGAGCUUGGUCACCUCCUAGAGCUUUCCACAUGUUUUGCAUCAGGCAUAUAGAAUCGAACUUUCUGAGAAAAUUCAAGGCACCCUAUCUGCAAAAGCUUGUCGUCAAUAUAGGUAACAUUUAUGCGUUGGCAUUCGACGGUGGCUACCGAUGGGGUCACAUGACGACUAAUCUAGUGGAGUGCAUCAACUCAGUCUUGAAGGGUGCACGCAAUCUCCCCAUCACUGCACUUGUGAAAGCAACGUUCUACAGACUUAAUGAGUUGUUCACACGGAAAAGAGCAGAAGCGGAGGCGAGGAUUAAUGCAGGCCAUGUUUUUACGGAGCAUGCGACCUCCAAAAUUCAUGCAAAUCAACUUGCAUCAGGAAACAUUCAGAUUAAUUGCUUUGACAGGCAGAAUGAGGUAUAUGUGCAUGACGUUUAUAAGAUGGACCAGGUCAGGCGCGUGUAUCGGGCUAGGUUUAGGCCAUUAGGGAAUCCCACUGCGUGGCCUUCUUACAAUGGUCCCCGAUUCGUACCGAACCCGUACCUGAGAUGCGUUUCCAAAGGUCGGCCCAAGAUGACGCGCUUCUUGAAUGAGAUGGACACACGUAUGCUACGCCGUCCGAGGCAGUGUAGGCAAUGUGGAGUUGAGGGACACAGUCGUAGUAGAUGCCGUCAGGGAGGUCCUCCAGGUACCGACAAUAAUGCCCAGUAG